AUGGCAGACGUCCGCUCACUGCUCCGAAACGAGCUUGCUUCCCGAAGGGGCACAUCCCAGACAGGGAGCACACCCAACCGCGUAACGAAGAAGAGAAAAGUCGAUCCAACGGAGUCCGCUACGCGCAAGAAAGUAAGACACACGGAUCCGGAACAGCUCCUCGCGAACGCCCAAAUCCUGCCUCCUAGCGCUCAGAUCGUCGCCGAAGCUGAAGAAGAAGAGGAUGACGUCGAAGCCUUGCCGCAGGAUGUCAUGAGUACAGACAACACCCCAACACAGCUUGAUAUCGUGGAAGAAACGGUCGAAACUACCACACAAGUACUCGAGACAACUUCCAUACCGCCAGCUGAGGCUCCGGCUGUCCCUCAGGCGGUCGACGAGGACGAGUGGGCGGCCUUUGAGCGCGAGGUUGCUGCACCGACCCGUGUCCCACCACAGAAGCCUGCUGCGCUUGCGGCAGCCGCGACGAUAUCCGCUGCGCCGAUUACGACGGAGGAACUUGCUGCCCUGCAACAGAAAGAAAAUGAAGAAAUGAGACGGAAUCGGGAGGCGGAGGCGGAGGGCGAGCGAGAAGAUGCGGCUCGAUUUUUGGAGGAAGAAUUCGACGAGAUGGAGCAAUUAGAGGAGCGAGUAAGGCGGUUAAAGCAGAUGCGCGAGCAGCUGAGAAUGAAACGAGCGACGGAUAGUGCAGAGCCCAUUCAAGUUGACGAGGCUGCCGCUCCACCGGAGCAAGCAGCUAAGGCCGCCUUGAACGGUGACAAGUCCGAAGACGAAGAAGACGAUGACGAUGACGACGAUGAUGACGACUGGGACAACUGGCGAUUUAGGUAA